AUGAUCGUAAGACAUGCUGCUAGACGUUGCCAGGCGUGGAAAACAGGAUACAUACAUGCAAGACCCAUACAAACAACAUCUAGGCUACUAGCAGAAGAACAGAAAAACGGUACGACAACAGAUGAACAGAAGAAUGGUACGACAGCAAAGGAACAGAAGAACGAUACGACAACAAGCCUAUUUGGAGAAGAAUUUGGUACGAAAUCAGGACAGAUAAAGCAUCGAACACAGUACAAUCCAGAUCCAUUCUCUUUAAAACCAAGUUCAGAUCAUUAUGAGUACCCGUUGGUGAAUGAGCAAUGGCUUGCCAAACAAACAAAACGGCCAAAAUCAGUUCGAAUGUUGGCAAGAGACUUCAUUCAUGAUUCAUUGUACAAUCCGACGUAUGGCUACUUUUCAAGACAUGCGGUCUUAUUGCCAGACGGACAAAAACAUCAAAGAGCAUAUGAAUUUCCCGCUUUGGCAAACGAACGUGCAUUCAUGGUGGCGGUAGAAGAACGUUAUUCCAAAUUUGAGAAUAGCAUUCAAGCUCAAGAUCAAAAAGCAGCAAAAGAGACGAAAGAUCGAGUGGAUUCAAAGGUGAAAGAAGUCUUGAGUCCAUUAUUGAAGAAGAACAAAAAUAAGACUAAAGAAGCAGAUGACUCAACUUCCGCCUCGCCAAAGUCUAAAUCAAGAGUAGUUCCUUUGCCGGGAUCAGCACAGGCCUUAGAUGCAGCACAACGUAAAGGCAGGAUGGAUUUAGCACGUCAAUUACUGAACGAAAAAGAGACUGAUGAUCAUGAUCGGGAUGUGAAGGCAAUGGCAGCUCGUCAGGUGUGGCAUACACCAACGGAACUGUUCAAGCCGCACUUUGCCCAUGCGAUAGCACGUUAUAUGAUCGAAGAGAAGGUAGAGGGAACACCACUUUGUGUUUACGAAGUUGGCGCCGGUUCAGGUGCUUUGGCAAGUGAUAUCUUGGACUUUGUCGAGUCACAGCAUCCUGAUUUGUACAAGGAGAUGACAUAUCAUAUCAUCGAGAUUUCACCUAGGCUGGCCGAUCAGCAAAAGAGUACGAUCGCCAAGCAUAUCGCCAAUGCACCUGAUCGCAUCAAAGUAACAAACAAGAGCGUGCUAGACUGGCAAGAAGAAGAAAACAAAGAUUGCUUCUUCUUAGCAAUGGAAGUGUUUGACAAUCUAACACAUGAUGUUGUGCGAUAUGCAACCGACACUCUCUUACCCUAUCAAGCAAUCGUUUCAAUAGAUGCUUCAGGUGAUAUGCAUGAGCUAUGGGAGCCUGUCCAAGACAAGAUUAUUCAGAGGUAUCUGAGCAUGCAAAAAGGCGAUUCAUCAGCAUCAACCUUUGUGCCACCAACUGCACCAACUUGGAUGCGAAUCACACCAAGUUUCCUGAGAGGAAUGCUAGCACGCAACAUACCUUUUUAUCCAAAUUUGACUGAACCCGAGUAUAUUCCGACAGGCAGUCUACAACUAUUGGACAUACUCUCGCAAAAGUUCCCAAAGCACAGAAUGGUCAUGGCCGAUUUUGAUGCAUUACCAGACAGUCUCGUUGGUGUGAAUGCUCCUGUUGUACAAACACGUUUGAAUGGAACGAUGAUCGCUGUAUCCAAAUAUACGGUCCAUCAAGGCUUCUUUGACAUCUUUUUCCCAACAAAUUUCAAAGAUCUCAAGCAAACGCAUGAUCAUGUCAUGAACAAGACGGAUAAGAAGCAAAUCGUAAGUCAUCGUCAAUUCUUGCAAAGGUACGCCGAUCUUCCUCAAACGACAUGCAAGGAUGGCAGUAAUCCGAUGUUAUCGUGGUAUGCAAACGCAAGCUGGUUCCUUUCGUAGGGUUGUAUGUGAAUGUACUUUUAUUAUAAUAUUGUCUACAAAUACAAAAUUGAUUGCUUAAUC